CGCGUCAGUGUGUGUUUGUAUUUGUGUGUGUUGUGUUACGUCUCUGACAAAUAGGCAUUAAGGAUCGUAUGAGAUUCCACAAAAAUGGCGAAAAUCGUGAACUCGACGCAGAGUGUCCUGAAAGAUACUUACGACUAUUAUUUAUGGACCUUGUCACUUUCAGACAAAAGAACCGAGGGAUGGCCGCUAGUAGAUUCACCAGUGCCAACAGUAAUCUACACACUCAUAUACCUAUUCAUAGUCUGGAUCGGGCCUAAGAUAAUGAAAAACAGACGUCCCUUCAAGCUCACAUGGCUCCUAGUCCCUUACAACUUAGCGAUGGCCGCUCUUAAUGGAUACAUAGCAGCUAAACUACUGACAGCCUCGUUCAGAUUGAGAUAUAGCUACAUAUGCGAGCCAUGCCGGCAGAAGUACGACGCCGAUGAAUUACAAAUAGCCAACGCUGUCUGGUGGUACUACUUCUCGAAGCUUCUAGAGUUCUGCGAUACGUUCUUCUUUAUCCUGAGAAAGAAAGAAGAACAGUUAACCUUCUUGCAUGUCUACCACCACUCCACAAUGUUUGGCUUCUGGUGGAUAGGAAUCAAAUGGGUUCCUAGUGGAUCUACCUUCCUGCCCGCGAUGGUCAACAGUGCUAUACAUGUCCUUAUGUACACCUACUACGGUCUAUCGGUCUUCGGGCCCUCCGUUACCAAAUACUUGUGGUGGAAGAAGUACCUCACCAUCUUGCAGCUGAUCCAGUUCACAUGCGCCCUAAUUCUCGGCAUCAACGGUAUAAGGACUGGCUGCGAAUUUCCACUCUGGAUGCAUUACAUGCUCAUCAUUUACAUGAUCUCCUUCAUCGUGCUCUUCGGAAACUUCUACAUGAAAGCCUACAUUGCGAAGGGAAGCAAAUGUAUGGAAGUACGAUACGGACAAUGCUUAGACGACGAGGAAACGAUCCAGGAGAGAAAACUGAAAAGCAACUGAUGAAACGCUUCAAAAAUUUUAUUAGAGUCCUUCUAUUUCACGGAGACCGCUUUCUGGCGCUGCGAUCUGUGCUGAGGCUUUUCUGGAAUUAAAUUUUUAUGUUACACCGUAGUCGGUUUGGUGUGAGCCCACGACUAUUCAUUAGCAAUUCUGGAUGCCUAGUGUGAGAUUUUCUUACUUACUUAUUCUAUCGCGUGGAAGUUAACUAAGAUUAGUAUAGAAUGAAAAGAGCACCAUCUAGUGAUAAUAAUGUUUUCCAUUAUUGUAACUAGAGCAAUUCUUCCGAUUCUUCGAAUCUUUGGAUUCCAUACUAAUUUAGUACAAAAUCUUACAGUAGGAACUGUGUGACAAGAUUCUAUGGAGAACUCAAGACUAUGGGUUCAUUUUAUUGCCCAUUUAUGUUCGCGUGCUUUCAUUUAAGACAGAAUCGUCAAUUGCAAUCAGGUGAUAUCGCA